AUGUCACUUGUGGUUGCACAUGACAUUGUAGUUCGCUACAAUGGAAGAGGAACCAGGAUUCCCAAUGUGGAUCUUGGUAAGUAUUCUUAUAUAGAACUGUUGAAUGAUGUUUGUGAGAAAGCACUUCAUAAAUUACCUGGAAAUCUUAAUUAUUUGCUCCAUAUGAGAUGUGGGAUUUCAAGAAGUGCUACAACAAUGGAUGUCAAUACUGAUAAGGCGGUCAUGGAAAUGUUUAAGGUGCAUGAUAAUGAGCUGGUGAUCAAUUUGUUUGUGGAUCAUAUGGAUGUAAUUCUAUUUAAUAUGCCUGAGGUGAACAACAAUAACAACUUUGGUGGUGGCCAAGAAAAUCUAGGAAUUGAGGAGACUACUGGAAAUGUUGAACCUAAUUUGCAAAAUAUUGAAAGGGAUGAUGAAGUGUUCAUUUCAAGUGAUGAUGAUUCUUGGUUGUAUGAAGCAAACAAUGACAAAGAGGAUAGCUUAAGCAAUUGCAGUGAGGUACAUGAAUCAUUUGAUAGGAGUGAUAUUGCCUUCUCAGAUUAUGAGGUGAAUGAUGAAGGUGAUAUAAUUCUGAAUUCUGAAUCUGAGGAAGAAAUUGAUCCAAAUAGGGCAGCUUUAAGAGCAACAAUAUUCACCUAUAAUCCGAGAGAGGAUAUUGAAUUUGAGAAGAAUAUGUUAUUCACCAAUGUUGAUGCUUUUAGGCCUGCUUUGAAGGAUUAUGCAAUCCAGAAAGGUUUUCCCAUAGUAAGACUGAAAAAUGAAAAGAAAAGGUGUACUGCUAAGUGUGCUGUUGAAAGCUGUCCAUGGAGAAUCCAUGCUUCUCCUAUUGGUGAAACAACUACUUUUCAAAUUAAGUCUUACACAUCUCAACACACUUGUGUUAUGAACAAUAGGAAUGCGGAGGCUACAUCUGAUUGGAUUGCUAAGAAACUAGUUCCACUUCUUUGGAUCCAUCCUCAAAUGAAUACAGAAAGUGUCUAUGCUAAGAUUGUAUCAAAUAUGGUAUGCAUCCGAGCAAGAUGCAGAUUUGGAAAGCAAAGACAAGGGCCUAAUCUCUUGGCGGAAUCAAGAUUUCUGAGAAUUUUUAUUAGUUUCAAAGCACAAAAGGAUGGAUAUCUUAGAUAUUCCAAGCCAUUUGUUGGUUUUGAUGGUUGCCACCUCAAAGGACCAUAUGGAGGAAUGUUGCUUACUGUUGUGGCUUUGGAUAGGAAUAACAGCAUACGCCCUCUUGCGAUUGCUAUGGCUGAAUGUGAAAACAAAGAGACUCGGUCAUGGUUCUUUCAUUUCUCUGAAGAAUACUCUGGUCCAUUUGAUAGCCAAUUGCCUCUAACAUUUAUGAGUGAUAGAAAAAUGGCAGUUAAGAGCUUUGAUGCAGCUGGUCAUAAAGAGGCAAUGGAGAGAAUUAAAGAGAUAAAUAUUGAAACUUGGAAAUACAUGACAAAGAUAUCACUAACAGCUUGGGCAAUGAUUAUGGUCAUACACAUGUUUAGCUGCAUAGUCUACUUCAUUUAUGGUGGAUUUUUCUUUUCUUUUGCAAAUACAAUUGCCACUAUUUAA